CUUAUUAAGAAAAGGAUGGAAUUAUUGACCAAUCAAAACUUUCAAGAGAAACGCGCACCGACUCCAGCGGGAAUCACACAGCCUCGAUUUGAACCAAUCAUUACGUAUCCCAUAAUGUUAGAAAAAAUGGCGACGAACGGGACAGAUCAAACUACACCAAGUAAUGGCAGCAGCCCAGAGACUGAUCAAGACUUUGACCCAUCUGCAGAUAUGAUGGUACAUGAUUAUGAUGAUGAAAGGACACUUGAAGAGGAAGAAAACCUCAGUGGUGCUGAAAGUGUUGCUGCUGAACUUAAUGAUUUAGAAAAGGAAGGAGAUAUGCCAAUAGAACAGUUACUAGCAAUGUAUGGCUAUGGUGGUGGACAGUCGGGAGGUGAUGGCAGCAGUAGUAGUUCAAUGUCAUCCGACUCUUCUCAAGGUCAGGACACAAGGUCAAGUAGUGAGGAGGAGAUUCUGAGUAACCAGGAUCUAACAUUAGAUAAGGAAGAAAUUGCUAGGGAUUUGCUAUCGAACUCCGAUGAGGGAGAGGAUAAAGAAACAGAUGUUCACGAUCUACUUAAUAGUGUGUCAUCUUCACAAACAGCUCGCCUUUUAAGAUCUCAAAGUCAACCAGGUAGUGAAGAUAGUGAAUCUGAGGAUGACAUUGAUUAUAAACCGGAGGAAGAAUGGAAAAAGACAAUAUCAGUUGGGUCAUCGUAUCAGGCGGUUGUACCUGAUGGUCUCUGUAAAUAUGGUGAUGCCCCUGCUUACGAGAAUGAGGAUAGAUUACUAUGGGAUCCUACAAAGAUGGUGGAUAGUGAAGUGGAGAAAUACUUGCAGGAGAUUCACUUACAGGGUUUACAGACAGCUGUUGGUGUUCAUGCCAUCCCAACAGGUGCUCAUGUUAGAGAUGAUGAACAGGCAUUAUAUUUGUUAUUGCAAUGUGGUCAUAAUAAAGAUGAAGCUUUACGUAGAAGAAAAAUGCAAGCUAUACCUCCAACAGAUCCAAUGAGUUUAUGGUCUGAAGAAGAAUGCAGCAAUUUUGAAACUGGUCUCAGAUUCUAUGGAAAGGACUUUUAUCUUAUUCACCAAAACAAGGUGAAGACAAGAUCUGUCGGUGAGCUUGUACAGUUUUAUUAUUUGUGGAAGAAAACAGAACGUCAUGAUAUAUUUGCCAACAAGACCAGAUUAGAGAAGCGAAGAUAUACUUUACAUCCAGGGGUCACGGAUUACAUGGAGAGGUUUUUAGAUGACCAGGAAACGCCUCCACCUCCGCCGCCUCCUAGAGAUCGUUCAGCAAGUCCAGUGCAUUCUCUAUUGUUUGGUGAUCCGAAAAGAAACCAUCUCAAACCUCACACUGAAACGGGAAUGGGUGAUGCCCCGUCGAGUCAUUUGAAACCUCAUUCUGAUACUGGUAUAGGUGAAAGUUCAUCAAGCCACCUCAAACCUCAUUCAAACUCUGGUGUCGGAGAUGUUACAAACAGUCAUGUGAAAACUCAUACAGAAGUCAGUAUGAAUGAUUCAUUUACUGGAUUUAAGCCUAUUCAAACUGAAUUUGAUAUAAACACAGCCUCACCUACUGUGCAGUGCCCAGAUACUAAAGUUCAUAAUCCUGCGGAAGGUGACAAUGUAUGCAUUCAAAAUGGCCUCCCGGAGGAGGGCUACGUACCUCCGUUUAAAAAAUUAAAAACGGACAAUGCUGACAAUAUAAGUGAAUUACCAAGUGACCUCCAUUCAUCAACAGCAUCUACAGAAACACAGAAUCACAUAGACUCUUUAUCAAUUUCAUCAGUAUCCUCUGUAGAAAAAAUAAGUGACAAAUUUAGUGACGUUAGUUCAGCAACUAACAGUAAAUCUGUAGGUAUGCCUAGUGUAGCUUUAGGACAUGUGCGAAGUGCUGAAGCAUUGAGUCAGUGACAUUCCGUCAUUAUUUUCAAAUAUUUUUUUUCCGGUUCAUAAUUAUCAUCCAAAUCAGGUUUUUAUUCCACCCUGAUAUAUCAGACGUGGGAUAUUGAAUAGCAAUUUUCUGUCCUUGUUUUUAAGGAUCCAUAUUUUUAGAUUAUAAUGAAGCUUGGCAUGAAUGUACAUAUCAUUUAGAAAAUGAUUUUCUUGAAAUGCCAUCAUAAUCAACUUGUGCAUAAAUGAGUCGUGGCCCUUUGUUACCUGAAAAUGGACAACUUCAAAGGAAACUGUCUCUAGCUGAUUAAUCCAGAUAGCUCAUUAAAUAUGAGCCGCGACAUGACAAAACCAACAUAAUGGGUUUGCGACCAGCAUGGAUCCUGAUCAGACUGCGCGGAUGUGCAGGCUGAUCAGGAUCCAUGCUAUUCGCUAUCACUUUCUCUACUUGUAAUUGGGAUUGUAAGCGAACAGCAUGGAUCCUGAUCAGACGGCGCGGAUUCAUGCUGGUCGCAAACGCAUUAUGUUGGUUUUGUCAUGGCGCAGCUCAUAUAUAUUUUAAUGUUCAGUCUAAAUUAGCAUACAAUACUCUUGAAGCAGAUAGCUGACUUCUAAAUAAUGUAUUGUUAAUGAAUGAUAGAAUAUUGUAAUUAUUGAUUAUUUCUCAAUCAUCAUCAACUAUAACAUUGAUAAAUAAUGUCAGUAGAUUUUUUUUAUGAUUUUUGUGUCGCCUCUACGGAGUAGUGGCGACAUAUAGGGAUCACUUCUCCGUCGUCUGUCUGUCCGUCUGUCUGUCUGUCUGUCUGUCUGUCCGUGCGUCCGUCACAAAACUUGUCCGGACUACUCCUCAUAAACUACUGGUGCAAUUUCAUCCAAACUUUACAGGAAUGAUCAGUACCAAGUCUAGUUGUGCAUAUUGUCAGCAUUUUCCGGUUCAAUGAUUUUUGUCAGAGUUAUGGCCCUUUAAUAAUUUUUAAUUUUAAAGUUUGUCCGGACUACUUCUCUUAUACCACUAAUGCAAUUUCAAUGAAACUUUACAGGAUUGAUCUGUAGCUCAAGUCCUUGCGCAUAUUGCACGGGUUUUCCGGUUGAAUGAUUUUUGGCCGAGUUAUGGCCCUUUGAUAAAAAGGUUUCUUUUUCUGUGUGUUGCCAGAUACACAAAAGCUUGUCCGGACUACUUCUCAUAAACUACUGGUGCAAUUUCAUCCAAACUUUACAAGAAUGAUCAGUACCAAGUCUAGUUGUGCAUAUUGUCAGCUUUUUCCGGUUCAAUGAUUUUUGUCAGAGUUAUGGCCCUUUAAUAAUUUUAUUUUUAAAGUUUGUCCGGACUACUUCUCUUAUACCACUAAUGCAAUUUCAAUGAAACUUUACAGGAUUGAUCUGUAGCUCAAGUCCUUGCGCAUAUUGCACGGGUUUUCCGGUUGAAUGAUUUUUGGCCGAGUUAUGGCCCUUUGAUAAAAAGGUGUUUUUUUCUGUGUGUUGCCAGAUACGCAAAAGCUUGUCCGGACUACUACUCAUAAACUACUGGUGCAAUUUUAUCCAAACUUUACAGGAAUGAUCAGUACCAAGUCUAGUUGUGCACUGUCCGUCUGUCUGUC